AUGGAUGCUUUAAAGAAUAACCUGAUAAAGCAGUCUAAUACAAGAUUCAUGUCGGUAGGAGAUAUGAGUAUAGGACAGCUAUACCGGAUAAUAUGGAUGGAGAAUCGGGAGACACAGUACGGUGUCACCGUACACUGUGUGUUAGAAGCUGGUGAUGACGGAGGGAUAAUGGAAGUUUAUCUACCCAGAUCAAUUAAGAUUAAAGAUUAA